AUGAUCAACUAAUCUGAAUUUGCAGAUAAAAGUAAAAAAUCGCAUACGCUUCAUGAGAGUACAAGAGCUAUGUCGAAACUUUCUUUUGCUUAGGAUGGAAAAAAGCAAUCUUCUCUUUCAACAAUUUUUGGAAUUACUAAUUCAAUGGUUGGAUCACUUUGUUUAGUAAUCCCAUAGGUUUUCUAACAAUGUGGAAUAAUAACAUGUUUAAUAGUAAUGGCAAUUUUGUGUUUAGUUCAAUAUAAAACAUGUCAGAUAAUGAUUAUUCAUUAAAAGGAAGAAGAAUUAGAUAGCGAACAUAUGAUUAAGAGAUUGUUAGGCAAAUCUUGGGUAAAUUAAAUUUAAUAAUGUUAGACCUAAGCUUUCAGAGUUACAUCAGGAACAUUAUUAUUUAUAGUUGGAAUAAUUUAUUUUUAAUUAAUAAAUUUAACACUCUACCCGAUUUUAGUUUUGAUAUUUGAAAAAAGUAAUUAUACAAAUUAUGCUAAACCUUCAGAUGGCAUAACUUUUAAUUAAUUUUCAAUAUAAUGGUAAUCAAUAAUAAUAUUUUUACCAUUGGCAUCAAUGUUAUUGAUAAAAGACAUCACUAAAAUAAUAAAAUUUGCUCAUUAUGGUGUAAUAGCAAUUGUAUGCUAUUGUAUAUUUAUUAUAUAUAUCUUUUCAAUCAAUAUGUUAAAAAUAAAUGAAUUUAAAGGGGAUAUAACAUGGUUUACUUGGAAUUUCAUUUAACCAGCUGGAUAAUUUGCAUUUGGUUUUAUGGUACAUAAUUCUGUUGGGUAAUUGAUUAAAAAUAACGCAAACAAAACUAAUAAUUCUCGUGAUUUAUUGAUAUCUUAUGGGAUUGCAGCUGUUAUAUAUGGAAUCAUAGGUACAUUUGGGGCAAUAGGAAUUAUGGGUAAAACGGCAAUAAAUCCAUCAACUAUAUUGGAUUUUUUCUCAUCAACGGAUUAUGCAGUCUUAUUUAUUGAAGGCUUAUUUUUAAUUCAUUUAGUAGCAGCUUUUCCAAUAUUUCCAUAUAUUAGUAUUUAUUAAAUAUUGGAAACAUUCUAUCAUAAGGAAUAUCCAUAAAAGUUUUAAUGGGGUUUGAAGAUUUUAUUUAUUUGUUCAUGCUUAAUUGUUCAAUUAUUUAACAUAAAUGUUGGAAUUGUUAUUUCAUUUGAUGGAGCUGUAUGUGGAUUUCUUUUAGUUUAUGUAAUACCUAUUUACAUGCAUUUUCAAUGUUAUUAUGGAAAUAAAAAAAAUGUUAGAGAUGCAUUAUUAAAUCAUGAUAAUUGCGUAAAACACAAGAAUAUAAACUAAUUUUCUCUUCCUUUUAGAGUCAUAAUUUACUUUGUUAUUCUAGCAAUAGGCAUUUUUAAUAUGAUAAUAUUCUUUUAUGAUUUUUUCAAGUGA